AUGGCGGAUGAGUGGAAUGAGACGUGCUCAUCUUUGGACCGAAGUGGGGUGACCGUCAGGCGGAGAAGGGUAAACCAGCAACUUUUAUUCACCAAUAUGACUUUCAACUUGAGACGUCAUUGCAAGGAUAAGAAGAAAAUAUAUUACUACGAAACACUUAUCAAGUAUUUCCAACCAAACAGAACAUCCCUUGGCCUCAAAAAGAAAUUCAGGAACUUAAUUAAAGAUGUUCCUCAUUUGAAGAACAAUUUGAAGUUAUCGGAGAAUACCUUGGAGGAGCUGAGCAGCCUUGUUCUAAAUGAAGACCCUACCCCAAGACAGCGCACAAGAAAAGAAAGAAUCCAGGAACGAUCAGGACCCGACAAUCUCUUACCAGAGUCACCACAGCAAGCAAAGGAGGUUAAUGCAUGCAGUGCCGAGCAGGAGCUCGCAACUGUAGUUGUGAAAGAAGGGAAAAUAAUUGAAUACUACACCAAUGAGAACAGAAGAUUAAGGGAAGACUUGGAAAGAAGGGGGGCAAAUGAAGAAUGGAAAGAAAGGUAUGAAGCGGAGAGGAGGCGGAGAGAGGAGGUUGAGAAGAAGUAUCAAGAGAAGAACAAGCAGAUAGAGCAGACAGCAGCAAAGAAGAAAGAGCAAGAGGGGCAGGCAGGAGAAAAGAAGAGAGAGCAAGAGAAGAGGGCAGCAGAAAGAAGGGUUGUGGAAUUGGAGAGAGAGGUUUUGAAAAUGAAAGAGGAAAGAAAAAAGGAGAGCAAUCAAGAGAGGAAUAAGGCAGAAGAACUGAAGAAGGAGAGAGAUGAGUUGAGGAAAGAAUUGGAUAGAGCAAAGGACGAAAUUAGAAAAUUAACAGAAGAAAACAAAAAUUUAACGGGCUGUGUCUCAACUGUGACAAAUGCGGUGGUUGUCCUCCGCCAAAAGUCACCACAACCCACCAGGCCUUUAAUGAAUGAGCAGCUUCAAGUACCAAUAAUCAGUCGCAAAUAAUUUUUUAUAUUAUGUGGGUUUUUCCCCCCGUUCAUUUUAGUAAUAGCUAUUUAUCUAGAUUGCUUGUUAUAAUAUAUUGCAACAA